AUGCUACACCCGCUCUUGUCAAUUUUUACUACUGCCGCCUUGCUGUUCGGUUCGUUCAGCUCUGCACUGCCCUCGAGACAUGUUGGGAGAGGGGACUCAUCGUGUACCCCUGAUAACAUCAGGACCCGGGUGGACUUCAACGGCAUGCCUGUCGCCGACCGAAAAGCAUACACGGACGCCGUCAAGUGUCUCAUGGACCAGCCGUCUCAACUCGACCCUGUUCAAUAUCCCGCAGCCAUCAACAGGUACAUGGACUAUGCCGUCAUCCACGUGAACCGUACACAAUAUGUCCACCUUGACGCCUUCUUCUUGACCUGGCAUCGGUAUUUCCUCUGGAUUUAUGAGACAGACCUUCAAGAGACCUGUGGCUAUACCGGAGCAUUCCCAUACUGGGACUUUGCCGCCACGGCUUCCGACCCUACCGCGUUCCCCAUCUUCGACGGCUCCGAAUACUCCAUGUCUGGCGAUGGAAUCUACAACGACACCGGUCCAAUCACCCUUGGCUCACAGUUGACCAUCCCUCAUGGUACAGGUGGUGGGUGUGUCACGAACGGGCCUUUCGCAAAUAUGAUUGCGCCGCUGAAAUUCAUCGACCCAACGCAGCUCGCCACCGGCACUCUACCGGCCGACGCGUUCACUUACAACGAAAUCUGCCUGAUGCGCGACCUCAACGCCUACGUCUCUCAGACGUACACCAACACCACGGAACUUAUUGCUGCCGCACAUGCGACCAACGCCUCAAACUUCGAGUUGCUCCUCAACGGGGUCAUUGGAUCUGCUUCUCUAGGCAUCCACUCAGGCGCACAUUUCUCCGUCGGAGGUCAGAUGGACAGUAUCCACGUUUCGGCCCAGGAUCCUGUUUGGUAUCCCCUGCACACAAUGAUCGACAGGGUCUACUGGAGUUGGCAGACCAACUAUCCUGACCUGGCGGAUCAGUUAGACGGUUCUACAGGGACUGCGCUGAACACGCCGGAGUCACCGGUAGUCACCCUGGAUUCAGUUGAGCCGGACUGGGGCUACUUUCAACUGGAUCCCAUCACGGUGAGGGAGCUGAUCAGCACCACGGCGGGCCCGUUCUGCUAUCAAUACGACACCGUUGUUUCAUGA